AUGGCUCGUGUAGCGCGCGUUGUUAACCGCAUCUAUGCUGCUCCUGACGACUCGUCGUCCUCGUCGCGCGACAGCUCAUUGUCACGCCCUCGCCCAGCAUCAUCGGAGAAUGUCGAUGAAUGGGUAUACGCUGCCGAUCCGAACGACAAUGACCACUACCAGGCGUUAUCCUUGGACGAUGUCUACGGGUACGAGUUUAAGCCGGGUCAGCAAGUCUGGGUCCGCGACGCUGAUAGUUUGUGGCACCUCGCGAGAACCACGUCAAAGGCCCCGAAGGUGGCUCCUGGCCGUUUCAAAGACGGUCUUUACUACACCGCGGUUUGGCUGGACCACGAUCGUGCGCGCAAGCCGUGCACAUACGCGCCGCAGAACGGCGAUAUCAAGCCCGACACGCCACAUAUCCGCCGUCUCCUUCUUGAAGAAGGUCACAUCGUCCUGGAGGACUGA